ACAACAUAACACGUUGUAGCAUUUGGUCGCAUCGUCUGCUAUCGUCGACAGUGGCUACUGGGUACCGGAGCGUCUUUCAUUGUUCCUUGUUUGUCAAGUGUGGAGAUUAGUGCUACCAGUUUCAUUUCAUCUCAGUGUCGAAAAUGGUUGAGGCACGCGUGAGGAACUUUUGCCUGAUUUGGACUUUACUCCUGAAUUUUCAGCUGUUGGUGCCAGUGUUCACCGAAGAUCCUGCGCAACCAUCACCUGUAGAAGAAGCAACGAAAGAUACGUUUGUAACUUUUGUCACAAACAAUCCGUAUUUGUUGGUUUUAUUUUACGAGCCUGGGUGUGUGACUUGUGAAGAAGCCAAACUGACCAUAAGCAAGCUUGAGACACCUGAGUUAUUCCCUGGAGAGCUGAAGAAGAUCCAGAUAUCGGACCUGGACCUGGCUGCCUCCUUUGGAGCCUUCGUCACCCCCGGCUUUGUUCUGUUCAGGCACGGUACUGGGAGUCCAGUCGUCUAUGACGGAGUGACUGUGGACACAGAGAACAUUGAGACCUGGGUGAGCAUAGCUUCAGACGUAGCAACCAAGACUUUAACUGACGACUCCUUCGAGCAUCUCACCCAGGCAGCCACUGGAGCCACAACAGGCGACUGGCUUGUUGCAUUUUACAAAGAUUCCUGUUCAAAGAUUCUGUUUGCCAUGGAAAGUUUUGGAGUCAGGAUGAAGAGGAAAAUGAACGUAGCCAAGGUGGAUAUGGCAACCAAUCCCCGAUUGGUGAAAAGGAUGAAAAUUACAAAAUGUCCAAGUGUCAUAUUUUAUAGACAAGGCAAAAUGUACCGCUAUGAAGUAGAAAAAUAUGACACCAAAUCUUUGACAUCAUUCGUGGAAGGAUGGUACAAAAAUAUGAAGGCAGAGUCGGUACCUGUGGAUCCCUCAAGUUUUGAUGAACUUACAGAAAAUAUUGCAAAGGCUUUGAAAGACCAAAUUGAAGGCCCUAAUCGUUUCACCUUCCUGACAAUAGCUGGAGGAGUUGCCUCCCUUGUUCUACUGAUCCUCAUCUGUGCCUGUGUCAUGAGUCGUAGAGCUGCGGAGAGGAAGAAGAAGCUCUUCUAGAUGCUGCCAUGUGUGACGGUGUUCAGCCAAAUGUAUCCUAUGUAUGGAAGAUCAUGGGCAUAUUGAGUACACCUUAGUGUUAAGUGAUGUGAGGAAAUUUGAGGUGUACGAAGCGUGGGGUGAAUAAAUGGGUGUUGACG